CAACGACAACAACUUCGCGACAGCACACAAACAGGCAUGCGUGGGUUGGUGUGCUGGUGGUGUGGCUUGCAUGGAGGGACCCACAGCAGCAAUGCCAGCGUCCCAGUCACACCACACUCCAGCAUCGACUGCCUGGAUCAAACCGUGUUGUCUGGGCUGCCCGUUGACCUGAUAGCGUUGGUGGUGCUGACAUGCAUCAGCCCGCUGGUCAUCGUGAGCAGCAGUCACAGCAGCAGCAGAGACAGUAGACGCGGUGGGCGACGGCGAGGAGGGCGUGCACCGCGCCAGUCCGCCGUGGGGAAGAUCAUCACGCGGCUGCUGCAAGUGGGCGUGCUUGCCCUGAUCGCUGCCAGCUUCGUUCCAUUGAAGGACCAAGGCCCGCUGCCGCCCGUGAUCUGGUGUGUGUGCGCUGUGCGGGUGUGCCUGCUCUUGGCAACCCUGCCUGUGCUGCAGUUCGCCUGGCGGUCGUGGACCGUGCGGUGGUUCCUUCCCUUCGCCUGGACAGCCACAGCCGCACUUCGCCUCUCCUCCUUAAUUGCACGGCACCACUGGCCACACAAACACGUGCAUUGGGACAACCACGUCGCCGUGGCGUCUGCUUCCGUCAUGCUCGCCAUGGUUGCCACGCAGAUGCUCAGGACCAUCGGCACCACGCGUUGCUGCCGCCAAUGCGUCACCCCACAGCACCGCAAGCGCGCGUAUGCGCAAAGAAAGCAAUCCUGCCCAAUCUGUAAAGGCCCCUCCUCCUCCUCCUCCUCACGCCUGCCGGAGGAGCAGCAGCCUCUCAUUGGCAGCCAGGGCAUUCGUCGCAUGCACGUGCAAGGCGAGCCGACAUACAUCCUUCCACAGCGACAAUCUUCAACGGCCAGUGCCACGCAACGAGCCGCCCUUCUGCGCACGUUCACCCACGACGACGACGACGACGACGACGACGACGACACCCACAGCACCGAUGACGAGAACGGCACGCUGCCUGGGCCCGUUGGCAGUGCAGCACAGCAACGACGACUCAGCCAGCGUUCAUCCACCGCAAGAACUCCACACCACUCCGACCUGGACUGGCAGCUGCAAGCACAGGUUCGCAUCAGCAACGAAGGCAGCCUUCACGUACACGCAACGAAGCACGCCGUUGUCAGCGGUGGCUACAAUGCCUGUGAUGCCUAUGACGAUGGUGAUGGCGAUGAUGAGGUCGAUGGAGACAUCGAAGACGCCAGUAGUGCCUGGUGGGACGGUGAUCACCCUGCGUAUCCUUGCCGGCACCGCAACCAUGCCGGCCGUCUCUCCUACAGCAACAACAACAGCAGUAGCAGCGAUGACAGUGGCAGCAACAGCGCCAGCAGCAUUGAACAGCCACAGGGUGGCAACCAGUGGCACGGCAGACAGCGCAACGGCCCGGCAAGAAGCCCGCCGAUGCAUGCGGGCGGUAGACACGACGAGCACAGCGACACCCAAGAUGGUGACACUGGCGCUGAGGAGGGAGACUCAUCCGCCUUCCACCAUCUCCCAGCCGUGAGCGCAGGGUGCAGCGGUAUCAACGGCGGUGGUGGCGGUGAUGACCCCCACAGCAGCGAGGAUGACCGCGGUCACCAUUAUCCAGUGCACGAGCACCAGCACCAGCAGCACACUGCGUCCACGAGUGCCGCGUCAAUAGCUCGUAACCCAGAAGACGGGGCAAGCCUGUUUGGUCGCCUGUUCUUCACGUGGCUGUGGCGGCUGCUGAAGCGAGGGUACAGGCGACACGGGCUGACGCCGAGCGAUGUGCCUGUUCUGUCGCUUGCUGACCAGUCGCGCCACUUGCAUCGCACAUUCAUGCGCCAACUUCAACAGCACAAACGACAACAGCAGCAGCAGCAGCAGCGACGCAACAAGCAAGCCCCAAAGCCAUCUGCACUCCUCAGCGUCAACGCAAUCGGCGCCGACAUCAGCAGCACCGUCAACACGACAACCGUCACAGUGUGGCAGCUGGUGAAGCAGGCACACGCGUCAGCAGGGCAUCUGUUCCACCUCUCCGCACUGCUCGUGCUGGUGUCAACUGUGGCGUCGUUCGGCAUGCCGUUCAUCAUGAAGGCGCUCUUGGAUGAGCUUGAGCGAGCCAGCAGUGACCCGGGCCCACACAACAGCACGGCCAACGCCAGCACCGCUGCCUGUGCUCAAACCCUCGGCUGCGGCCACUCAAGCCGCAAUGACAGCGGCGCGUUCGGCGUGCACCUUGCACAGCGAUGCUUGCAGGCAGACGUGGACGGCACGCGUGCAUAUGCGUUGGCAGUGGCGCUCUUUCUCUGCACCGUCCUCCAGUCCGUGUGCGAGCACCAGUUUUGGGUGCUGGGCCAGCGCUGUGCGCUGCACAUACGCACGAUGCUGAUGAGUGCCAUCUUCGCCAAAGCGCUGGACUUGCCUGCCGCUGCCUUCAACCGGCUCUCUGAGGGGUACCUUGCCAACCUCUUGCUGGUGGACGCAGGCCGCGUCUUUGACACUUUUGUCAUCCCCAACUUGCACUGGGGCACGUGGUGCUCGGCGCUCAUCUUGAGCGUUGCCCUCUACUUCCUCACGACGUACCUGGGCGUGGCUGCGCUCUGUGGGCUGGGUAUGUUUGUCGUCACGUGGCCUGUGGCCUCCCUCGUCGCACGCGUGGUCAAGCGACAUAGCGCGUCCGUGCAGCAGCUACGCGACAAGCGCGCACGCAUGUUGCAGUCUGCGCUGGGCAUGAUGCGAGUGAUCAAGGCGUACUGCUGGGAGACGUGGGUCUCCCAAACGGUGACGCGCGUGCGGGAUCGCGAAGUGGCGUUUCAGAAGCGCAAACAGCUCGCCGCUGCUGUCCUCAACUUUGUCGUCGUGAGCGGUCGCACCCUGGCGCCCUGCCUCAGCUUCCUUGCCUUUGCGUUCCUCAACAAAGACACUGCGCUGCAGGCGUCAACGGCGUUUGCCUGCCUCACCUGGUACAACUUGCUGCGCCGGCCCAUGGCCUUUCUCCCCAACGCCAUCACCAACACCAUGGACGUCGUCGUCAGCUGGCGUCGCAUCGCCUCCGUCCUCAGCCACCCAACACACGAGGACCUGGCGAUGCGGCCCGGGCGUCGCACGCGUGCUGGCCAGCGACCACCAUCGCCUCUCCGCCGGCAGCAGCGCAGUAUCCUGCCACCACCACCAACAACAACAACGACAACGACGACAACGACAACAACACGCUUGCAGCAGCAGCACCGACAGCCAAUGCAGCCACGACAACAGCAACAACCACACGGCAGCAGCUACGGUAGCAAUGCUGCUACUACCCUUGUGAGUGAUGACAGCAAUGGUGGUGGUGGUGGUGGUGACGAAAUGACGCCAACGCGAGGUGCCACUGUCUCCAACAACAGCCCCAGUGACAGGAUCCGUGACCACGACCACCGCCAUCGCUAUCACCGCCACCGCCGCCGUCGGCAGCAGCAGCAGCAGCAGCAGCAGCAGCAGGUGUCGCUCCUGCCGCGAACAGGGCCGUGUUUGGUCCUCGACAGCAUCACGGCAUCAUGGUCCGCACAGCCAACAGCUGACUCCGUCCUGCAGCACGUGUCGAUGGAGGUGUACGCUGGCGAGCUGGUUGUGAUUACGGGCCCUCUUGGUGGUGGAAAGUCGUCCAUUCUCGCCGCCGUGACGCAAGAUUUGUUUAUCCGGACAGGCCGCGUGCACGUGCGCGGAAAAGUUGCUGUUGUCCCGCAACAGCCCUGGCUGCAAUCCGUCUCAAUCCGUGACAACAUUGUGUUUGGGCAAUCCUUCCGCCACGGGUGGUACCAGCAGGUCAUCGCAGCAUGUGGGCUCGCGGGUGACCUGGCCUCACUGCCGCAGGGCGAUGCGACGGUGCUAGAGGACGACGGCUCCAACAUCAGCGGUGGGCAGCGACAACGUGUUGCCCUCGCGCGUGCCGUGUACGCACGGCCCGACAUUGUGCUGUUGGAUGAUGUCCUUGCGAGCUUGGAUGCAGCAACAAGCACCUACAUCUUUGAGCGGUGCCUGUGCGGACUGCUGAAGAAGGCAACCCGCAUUCUCAUCACACACAACCCAGCCAUCAUCACCAGCGAGCAUGUGAGCCGUGUGUUUACGGUUGCGCAGGGCCGCUGCUUUGCCACCACUCCAGCAGCAGCAACCAUUUCCACCCUUGGUGCUGCAUUGACAGCGGACCCCAUGCAUCAAGCGCAGACCGUUUCGUCCGUUGAGCACGUGCUCUCGACUUCCCCAUCCUUCUCAACAACACCCACGGCAACAACAAGCGAGGCGCCCAUGUCCUCUGCAGCUGUGCUUGCACGCACCCUGCAAACACCGGUACCGUCCAUCGUGGUACAUGACAGCACGGUUGCCACAAACAACAGCCUCACCAGCAACGCCAACAGUAGCAGCAGCAACAGCAGCCACCACGCGACCCGACCACAAAGCACAACACCAUCUCGCUACAGCUCGCAGCACAGCGGCCACCCGUCACUGUCACGGCCCAGCAGCAGCAGCACACGCGUGUCCGAGACCAUUUCACGGUCCCGAAGCAGCACGGGCGUUGGUGGCGGUGCCGUGUCCUGGCCAGCCAUCAAAGAGUACCUGCGUGGGUUCGGGUCACCGGCGUACGUGUGUGCGCUUGUGGCCGCCAUGCUUUGCUUUCCUGCGUCCAACGUGGUCAACAACUGGUGGCUGUCCGUCUGGGUGAACGACGACAGCAGCACGCACUCGGGGUCCUUCUACGUGUACGUUUAUCUUGGCAUCGGGGCAGCGACGUCGUUGGUCACGCUCACACGCAACUGGCUGUUUGUGAUUGGCGUUGUUCAUGCAGCCAAGCAGCUGCACGCGCACCUGCUCAGCUCUGUACUUGCGCUGCCGUGCUCGUUCUUCGACACACGGCCGUUGAGCCGCGUGCUGAACCGCUUUGUCAAGGACAUGGCGACGGUUGACGAGAGCAUUCCGUCUGUUCUCAAUUACCUCACGCAGACGUCGCUGACACUCGUCGCUACCUUGAUCAUCGUGGCGUGGGUCACCCCGUAUGUGCUCGUUGCGCUUGUUGUCAUCGUCGUUCCGACGUUUGUAAUCGCCCAGUACUUUCGCUGGUCUGCGCGCGACCUUCGACGAAUGCAGAGCGCGGCACGCUCGCCGCUGCUCACGUUUUUGCACGAGUGCAUCACAGGCAUCACAGUUGUGCGCACACACCACCAGCGAUCUCGCUUCAUGCGCCGCUUCUUCGUGCUGCUUGAUGACAUCAACAAGUACGCAUGGCACAGCCUGGCCGCAACGCAAUGGGUGACGGUGUGGCUGGAGUUUAUCGGCGCCAUCAUUGUUCUCGCUUGCUCUGUCUUGACAGUUUACGGCCAGCGCUCCGGAUUCAUCACCUCAGGCCAAGCGGGACUUGCAUUGACCUAUGUGGUACAGCUCCCAGGGAUGAUUGGCUGGUUUCUCAAGGAGACUUCUCAGGCAGAGGUGGAAGCUGUUGCCAUUGAGCGGUGCUUCGAGUACGCGCACAACGCAACGUCAGAUGUGUGGACCGUGCCUGAUGAUGACGAUGAUGACGAUGACGAUGAUACCGCAAUGAAGAAUGUGACGCUGAGCUAUGCGCCCCAAGCCCAGCCUGUGCUGCGUGGUGUGUCCUGCUUCAUUCCCGCUGGCUCAAAAGUCGCCGUUGUUGGCCCGAGCGGCGCUGGCAAAUCAACGCUUUUUCUCGCCCUCCUGCGCAUGUACCCAUUUGCCGGCAAAAUCACCAUCUCAGGCAUCGACAUUGCAGACGUGACUGUUGCUGAGCUGCGGUCGGGCUUGGUGACGCUGGUGCCGCAAGUACCAUCACUCUUUGGUGACACCAUCCGUGAGACCAUUGCGGACGACACGGCAUGUGGGGCUGCAGACGCGGCGGUGUGGAAAGUGCUGGAGGCAGUGGGACUGAAGGCGUUUGUGGCGGCGCUGCCACUGGGGCUGGACACACCAAUGGCGGGAGGGGAUGACGACAACAGCGACGAUCGACAGCUGCUGUCGCUUGCACGCGCCUUGUUUCGGCCAACACCUGUCCUGUUGUGCGACGAAAUCACAUCCAGCGUGGACGCCGAGACCGACAAUGCGAUCCAUGACAUUAUAUUGUCUCUGGACAACACGGUGUUCUCGAUUUGUCACCGCCUAGCCCACGUUUCCCGCUUUGAUCUUGUGAUGGUGAUGCAAGGGGGAGAGCUGGUAGAUGUGCGUGCCCCGUCUGAGUUUGGGGCAACCUCCUUGUUUCAACACCUCGUGCGGCAGUCACAGCUAGCAUGA